GUAACACAUGCGUACCGAUUGUUACUCAGCACCCGACGAGGGACUAUGUUAUGGCCACUUUCCCCGAUACUUUUGUAACACAACUUCCCACAAGUGCGAGCCAUUCAUAUACGGCGGGUGCGAUGACAAUGAUAACCGUUUUAAUACGACAGCCCUGUGUGUAAAAUCGUGUGGAGACCCAGAUGCUAUUCAUAGCGACAAUCAUAGCAUUGAUUAUCGUAUUGUUUGCUACUGGAACUCAAAGUCCUACUACUGGGCUAGCAAGGGACAGCAUUGA